AUGACGUCAGCCGUUAGGCUGUACAGCGCCAGGUUGCCUUCUUCCGCAACUCUCUCCCAGUUCCCUCCUAUACGCCUUAUUUUUCUUCACGGAAUACUCGCCCAUGGUGGCACCUUCUUCUCGCUAGCGCAGCGGCUGCGAAAAAGCUGCACCGAUGCGUUGCCGAAUCGAUGCCUGGAAAUGGUUAUGCUUGAUCUGCGCAAUCACGGUCGGUCUCCACACGCGGCGACGCACACUUUGAGUGAUGUGGUGCUUGACCUUCAACACUGGCUAGAGCACGAAGGCCACUGCUGUGUGGAGGGGCCGCAGUCAAACCAUACGGCAUCACCAAUUCUCGUGGCGGUGGGGCACAGUAUGGGAUCUUUGGCAUGGACCAAAUUCUUGAUGGACCAGCAGACGGACGCCGGCCGUCGAAAACGCGUUCGCAUCGAUGGCUUCGUGAGUUUGGAUAUGCCUCCGCUCACCGGACGGCAGUUUCCGUCCUCGCUGCAGGGCGAGUUGUGCGACUACGUUGCGCUGAUGAAGAGGGUGGAUUUGUCGGCCAUCACAGAUGUGCGCUCUGCCUUCAAGGAGUUUGAUCGAUGCGGGAUCCACAAUAAACGUGUGCAAGGAUUUUUGAGCACAAACCUUCAAAUCGUUCGACCGGGUGCUGCAACGAAUACUAAAGUGGCUCCCUCCGUGUCGUGGAGGUGCAACAUACCAGUCUUGGAAGAAACUCUGCUUCAGCGCAGAAUUUUCUUCCCGGAGGCCUCCCUCAACUCUCGCCCGCACGGCAAAAUCAGCGUUCCCGUCCUCUCUCUGUUGGGUGGAAAGUCUCCCGUGGGAGGAAGCAGUCGGUAUCGCGGGAUGUGGUCCAGCUUUGCCGACACCGUCGAGGAGCACGUCUUGCACGACGCCGGGCACAAUGUCUACCACGAUGACCUGCAGGGGACAGCCCAGCUCACAGAGGCCUUUCUGACGAGGCUGCAGCGGCGCCACACGCCGUAG